AUGGCCCAUUACUACUUCCAGUUUACCGAAUUCCUGGAGCCCUUCGAACGAGUCAUCCAACCAGAGGAGCUGUGGCUCUACAAGAAUCCGCUGGUUGAGUCCGAUCAUAUUCCCAAAAGGGUCAUGUUCGCAAUCUCCUUUCUUACUCCUCUGGCGGUGAUUUUUGUGGUGAAGAUAAUUCAGAGGACAGACAAGACGGAAAUCAAAGAAGCAUGCUUAGCAGUGUCACUGGCUCUCGCCCUGAAUGGAGUUUUCACAAACACUAUCAAGUUAAUUGUUGGCAGACCGAGGCCUGAUUACUUCCAGCGGUGUUUUCCGGACGGCCAAGUGAACGCAAAGAUGUUGUGUACCGGGGAGGCUCAUUUGGUCUCGGAAGGUCGCAAGAGUUUUCCCAGCAGUCAUUCCUCUUUUGCAUUCUCUGGGCUUGGAUUCACUUCCUUCUACCUGGCGGGCAAGCUGCAGUGCUUUACGGAUCAAGGUCGAGGUCGUAGCUGGCGCCUCUGUGCCAUGGUGCUGCCCCUCUACAGCGCAAUGAUGAUCGCUUUGUCCAGAACCUGUGACUACAAGCACCAUUGGCAAGAUGCCUUUGUUGGAGGAGUGAUCGGGCUAUUGUUUGCCUACAUCUGCUACCGCCAGCACUACCCCCCCUUUCUGCACACGGACUGUCACCUUGCCUAUGCCAGCCUGGCUGCCAUUGCACACACAUCCUUGCAUCAUCAGGAGGAUCAGCGGCCCACUGACAAUGCUACUAACCUCCCCCUGGAAGGCUUGACUGAAGCACCACUAUGACUAGUGGCCACCUCUGAGACGACCCUCAACACGCCCAGCCAGCCAAUGAACACACCUCCACAUUCCCACUGACAAAAUGGCUUUUGGGUACAUUCCAGUGGACAGUAAGCCACUCCCCAGCAUUCUUUUAUUUUCAUGUUUCCGUGACAACUACUUUUUCGUGUCUUUUAUACUGUUUUUGCUUAGCAGCUGUGAAAGUCUAGA